CAUUACACUCUGCAGGACUCAGUGGGAGCAGACGUGGGACAGUUUCAGUUUGAGCUCAGUUGGACUUUCUCCAAGUCAGACUCCCACAGAAACCUGCAGUCCAGAUAUUAACGUUGAGUUUUAGGGUCUGAGACGCAGAUCCUAAAUCCUAAGAAGAUCUUUUUCUUCAUCUUUGACGAUGGCGUGCUCUGGAUUGUGACGGCGUCCCGCUCGGCUCCGGUUCAGGCAUCGAUCGUAACCUUGAUGCACACGGAUCUGGAGGAUCUGGCAGCCUCGCCGCGCCGCCGGUCCCACCAGACCAGAACCCGGUAUCUGCACCGCCCCGACCCUCAUCAUGUAAACUGGACGUGGAGCUCUUCCUUUGAGACGGCUCUCUUACAGACGCUCUGCCGAACGUUCUCCUGAGGACUGAAGUUCAACGUUGCUCCAGACUGCAGACUGAAGAACUGAAGAACUUGAGAACUGGACCGCCAGGAUCUUCUGAAGGAUUCCAGUUAUUAGAGAAACUGUUUCUAACAGCCUGAAAUCGCUGAUUGAACUCUGUGGUGAUGAAGAGAACUGAAGACUGAGAGGUCGACAAUGAGGACGUUUUUCUGAUCUACGCUGAACAACGUUGGGAGAUGAGAGAGUUGCUUUCGUUCCCGGCGAGGCAGCAGAGAGAGCGGCUCAGCAGCCUCCCUGCUCCUCCUUCCUCCUCCUCCUCCUCUUCCUCCUCCUUCCCCAUCACCUCCUUCUCCAUCCAGACCUCCAAGAAGUUCCCCUUCUUCCACGUGGUCAAAUGCUGCAGGUACGAGGCCGAGAACGCCUUCUUCUCCAGUCUCAACCUGAAGGACUUCAACAUCAUCGACACGCUGGGAGUCGGCGGCUUCGGACGCGUCGAGCUGGUGCAGUUGAAGAGCGAGGAGGCGAAGACGUUCGCCAUGAAGAUCCUGAAGAAACGCCACAUCGUCGACACGAGACAACAGGAACACAUCCGCUCUGAGAAACACAUCAUGACCGAGGCGCACUCCGACUUCAUCGUCAGGUUGUACCGGACCUUUAAAGACAGUAAAUAUCUGUACAUGCUGAUGGAGGCCUGUCUGGGAGGAGAGCUGUGGACGAUACUGAGAGACAGGGGUUCGUUUGAAGAUUCGACCACCAGGUUCUACACCGCCUGCGUGGUCGAAGCCUUCGCUUACCUGCACGCCAAAGGCAUCAUCUACAGAGACCUGAAACCUGAGAACCUCAUCCUGGACAGCCGGGGAUAUGCCAAGCUGGUGGACUUCGGUUUCGCCAAGAAGAUCGGUUUCUGUAAGAAGACGUGGACGUUCUGUGGGACGCCGGAGUACGUCGCUCCAGAGAUCAUCCUCAACAAGGGUCACGAUGUCUCAGCAGACUACUGGUCUCUGGGCAUCCUGAUGUACGAGCUGCUGACCGGCAGUCCCCCGUUUUCAGGUCCGGAUCCAAUGAAGACCUACAACAUCAUCCUGAGAGGCAUCGACAUGAUCGAGUUCCCCAAGAAGAUCACCAAGAACGCCGCCAGCCUCAUCAAGAAGCUCUGCAGAGAUAAUCCUUCGGAGAGACUCGGAAACCUGAAAAACGGAGUCAAAGACAUCCAGAAACACAAGUGGUUUGAAGGUUUUAACUGGGAGGGUCUGAGGAAAGGAACUCUGACUCCACCCAUCACACCUGAUGUUUCCUCUUCGACCGACACCAGUAACUUUGACAGUUUCCCUGAAGACACGGACGAGCCGCCACCGGACGACAACUCCGGAUGGGAUUAUGACUUUUAGUCCAGCUUGCAUCCAAACCCAAAGCCUGACACCUCACGGCUGGUGGUGAGGUCUAAAUCUGAGGAGAGGACGACUUCUCACCAGGCUGAACAACGACGAGCUUUACGUGCCGUCUGGAGGACGUUUUACCCAGAGCACCUUACUGUGACUUUACCUGUGUUGUUUUUAAGCAUCAUUGGACCCUGUGGGAAUCAAACCCCCGGUGUUCUGUAGCCACAUCGUGUCCCCAAGUGAUUUAAGUACUGAGUGUUCAGAAGGACUGCAGGCCUCUUCUUGAUCAUACUGGUCUCAUCUGUUCCUUCUACCUGGAGGAACCCUGAGCUGCCAGAACACCUGAGACCUGGAAGAUGAGGUGGUUCAGGAUGAGAUAAACCAUCAGUUACCAAGACCUGGCCCACUUGUUUAUCAAGUUGGUCCUAGAAAUCUCAGAGUGAUGCCUGGUCCAAAGGGGUACAAGCAUGUUCUUGACUUUUAUGACCUGAGAAAGUUCUCCUCGCUGUCGGAAUUGUGGAACAUAAUCACUGCAUCCACAAAAAUGUGCCUAUGGAGCAGAAAAGAAGUUUGUGCAAUGCCUAGCAGUGUUUCUUUGAACCUGCAACAAUCCUGAUUCCAUGUUUGGCUGCAGCUGAACUUUGGGUAUGUUCACCCAUCAGUAGUCGGGCACACAGUACGGGCCUUGCUUUAUGUCCCUGAUAUUGCUGCAACACUUGGAGAUAGCUUGGACGUUAGUUAAGGAUGACCGCCAGAAACCGGCUGCUUAAACCCACCAGAAGCUGAAGCUUGUAAAUCUAAAAGGGGUCAAGGGAAGUUUCGUCUUUAAGUGCUAUCAAACCGGCGAAGUGUCCGUGGUGCAUAUCCUUCAACGAAUUAAUCAAAUGGACAUGCAGCAAACCAGGGGCAGGGUACUGGACCAGUGUAGAGAGUGUAGCUGGUUUCUGGGACUCUGGGCAGAACAGGUUAUGGGAAACAUUUGUGGGUUUGUAGGUAGAUCCAGCUCUGGCAACAGAGGACCUAACAUGGCUGAAAACAAGUGAGAACAAACUCACAUCAGACCAUUGACAGCUUCGAAUCGUCGCCUCAGAUAACCUCCUAAUGAAAUCCCUCGCUUCGUUCACACAUCCUGUUCAAGGUGGGACUGUAGCGCCGUUAUUCCACCUCGCUGUUCAGUAUGAAAGGUACGGAGACGGACAGAGUUGUUCCGUCACUGACUCUGCAGUGGAGGAAGUCACAGAGCUACACUAAACGCUGUGUAGUAGGACGUGGUUCUGGAAGUCCUCGGGGGCUUUUCGGACCCUAUGAACCCGGGUCGGGCUGGAGGAUCGACGGUUGCAGGAUGGAUUUGUGGUCCGAGGGACGAACACAAACCACAGGAGGAAAGACUGAACAGGCAAAACUCAAGGUCACCAUGAUGCCUUCACUUCUCAUUUCAUUUUCGGGGAACUUAACCUCGAAAGACUGGAAGACGAACCGUUUUGGAUGUAGCAGCUGUGGUGCUCCUCAGAGGAUGAUACGAACAUUUCUACUUUUAAACUUUCCCUUCUGUCUUUCUUUAAUGGUGUGAAUCUUUGGAUCAUAGCAUGAGAACAGAUAUUUUGUACAUAUUUCCAAGACUUCCUACAUAUUUUUGCACACAGCCACAAACAUUCUCACAGACACAUGCACGACUUGGUUGAAUUUAUGAUCAGUUGUUUGUUUCAAGGUGUUUCAAAGUUGAGCACAUUUCAGGAUUCGUCCUAUCAGGCUCAUGAUAUACUUGUUUUUAUUAAUAACCUGGUUCCAGACCUCUCUCCAGUAACUCCACUAGAGCUGAGCAGACACUACGAUUUUAGAAAUGGAACUCCUUCUCCUGCUGUACGAGUAGAUCGCUUGUUGUCUGAUCGUCAGCUACGACCUGAGUGAUCACACUGUACAGUCCGAUCUUCAGCUACGACCUGAGUGAUCACACUGUACGGUCCGAUCGACAGCCACGACCUGAGUGAUCACACCGUGCGGUCCGAUCGUCAGCCACGACCUGAGUGAUCACACCGUACGGUCCGAUCUUCAGCAACGACCUGAGUGAUCACACCAUCAGCCACGACCUGAGUGAUCACACCGUAUGGUCCGAUCUUCAGCCACGACCUGAGUGAUCACACCGUAUGGUCCGAUCUUCAGCUACGACCUGAGUGAUCACACUGUACGGUCCGAUCGUCAGCCACGACCUGAGUGAUCACACUGUACGGUCCGAUCGUCAGCCACGACCUGAGUGAUCACACCGUAUGGUCCGAUCUUCAGCUACGACCUGAGUGAUCACACUGUACGGUCCGAUCGUCAGCCACGACCUGAGUGAUCACACUGUACGGUCCGAUCGUCAGCCACGACCUGAGUGAUCACACUGUACGGUCCGAUCGUCA